GUAUGGUUUGUUUUCCAAAUAGAUGUUUCUGGUGGAUUCUACACUAUUCUCUUUGAAGACCUUUUAAAAACGUUAUUCAUUCGCAAAGUAGUUGAAUCGACGAAAUCAAAAAAUCGUAAAAAAUUCAUCAAAACAUUAUGAUUGAUACAUCGGAUGGAAAUUCAGACGAUCUUAAACUCACGUCAGUGUCUUUAGAUACGUCAACAAAAUUAGUAAAAUCAACAGCGGUUGUAAAGUACUCAACAUUUCCAAACCCCGCUACUUUUGCACAACUUCAAUGUAAUACUAAUUUAAAUCUACCUCCAAGUAAUUGGUUGAGUAGUUCUGCUGAAAGCUACGGUCUCCAGAAUGUUUGGUGUCAUAACACAGGUUUUUCCAGCUUUCGCAUGGCUCAUAUGUUCCCUGACUGUGUUGGAGAAGUAGAUGUAGUUUCUGAUGCUGAAAACAUCAAAAAGCUACUCAAAAUGCCAUAUUCUCAGGGUGUUAUAUCGAUGAUAGUUCAUAGAAUUGAAAACACUUUAUUACUAGAUGAUUUUGAUAUUCAUAAAUACCUUUUACGCCAGGCAGAAAGUGAUUGGAAGUGGCUGAAAGAUUUCAUUUAUGAACAUGUUUUUCACAAUGCAGAAGAUAGAGAAAAACGACUUUAUCAUAAAAUAAAUAGUAGAAAUGCACUGCAACAGAAAAACUUGGUAUCGAAAUUUUUAUACCACUCAUUAGUUCCUGCAGAAAAUCAACCUCUAACAAAACAAGAAAAGCCACCUUUACCUUUAGAAGUUUCAGAACCAAAACUACCUGAGCCAACUAAUGAAGAGAAAUUACCAGAUCCUGGAUAUGAUCAUAAUUUUGCUAGAAAUGUGGUUUGGACUUUUGAAAACAUUCAAAUGCUGAUAGGUACUGAUAUGCCAAUUUUCGGUGGCAAAACUCAUCCCUGUAUCAGUUUAAGAUUAAGAGACAUGAAGAAACCUAUUAAUGUCCUCACUGGAAUUGAUUACUGGCUUGAUAAUUUAAUGUGUAACGUGCCCGAAGUGGUAAUGUGUUACCAUCUUGAUGGGAUAGUUCAAAAAUAUGAACUCAUUAAAACAGAAGAUCUUCCCAACAUGGAUGAUGCCAAAUUUAGUCCAAAAGUCAUCAGAGAUGUAGCUCAGAAUAUAUUAAGCUUUUUAAAGAGUAAUGCUACUAAAGCUGGACAUACAUAUUGGCUAUUCAAAGGAAAAAACGAUGAUGUGGUUAAGCUUUACGAUCUAACGUCACUCUGUGGUGAUGUAUCAGACGAUAAAGGACAAAAUCCAUUUACUGUACCAGUAGCGAUGCUUUUAUAUCGAGUUGCAAGGAACAUGAAAUAUUCAUCUGAUAAUAGAGGACAUCAGGGUACCAUUCGAAUGCUUUUAAAAAACUGUAUCCAUUUAUUGGCUCGUGAAAAAUAUCCUCAAAUUGUUACUUCAGCACACUUUAUGUUGUCAGAUUUAUAUAUACCUGCAGAUACUGAUCCCGUGUCUCCAGUUUUAGUGGAUCAAAAUGAAGAUGAUCAAAACGAAGAUACUCAAAGUGAAUGUAGUACUAAUCAAGAAAAUGAAAGUUCAGAGUAUUCAGAAAAUGAUGUAGAAGCAAGUGCUACGGUUAAGUCACUAACAUUAACUUACAUAAAAGAUGAAUCUGAGCAAGAAGUAAAAUACAAACCUCCAGUUAUAACUGGAAGUAUUUUAGAAAGAUGUCGAACUGCUUUAAGUCAUGUAUCUCAUGGUUUGGAGUGUUUGAAAUAUUUCCCAAAUGAUUUAGAUGAACAGGAACAAGAAAAUGAAUCAAAAAAUACAGAUAAAUCAAAAACUAUGGAUAAUUCAAGCAGUAAACAUGUUGAAGAAACUCAGAAUUCAGCAAAACCAUUUGAAGCCAUUCCAAUGCCGUACUAUUCUUUAGAAAAAUCAAAAGAUCAAGCUAAUUUGUCCAGUCCAAAUCUCAAAAAAAAAGAAAAGAAAAAAAAGAAGAAAGAAAAAACUGUGAAAGAAAAUGUCUCGAAAGAUAUUGUUGAUACUAGUCCCAAAGCUUUGAUUUGCAAAUCGAAAGUUGAAACUCUGCCAACAUGGCAAGCUCCUAAAAGGAGCGAUAAUUUAAGUUGGAAAGCACAUUUGAAAAUUUUAUUAUACGAAAAAGCUUGUUUAAUUUUUGGAGUAUUAUCUGAGUAUGAAUUUACUCAUGAAAGAUUUGGAGCUUCCUUGAGAUACAUAAAAAACGUUUUGAAGUGCCAGAAAAUUCUUGAAAUAUUUUGUGGUCAACCAAAUGAAAAGUUGAUUAGUUAUUUAUUAGGAAGGGCUGGAGAUAUUUGUUUUAGAAUAGUACAACAUUGGAAUAAGAUUGAAAGUCACAGAGAAGCAUAUGAGAGCACCGAUGAUAUUGAAGAGAAGAUACUUAGCGAAUUUUCAAAAGCAGAAGAUAUUGAUAUCAAUGUCAUUGAACUCUUCCCAAAAAUUUUAAAUAAUCUUGAACAAACACUUAUAGCAUCUUUCCAACUCUAUGAAAAAGCAUUGUCAUUAAAUCCUACAGAAAACGAUAAAGAUAAUCUAUUACGACGUCUCGGAAAUAUUCAUAAUGAACUUGGAGUAUUUUAUAUGAACCAAGCAAUGUCUAAGUACAGUCAAUAUGACUUAGAUAAUUUAUCUGAACCACCAGAAGUUUCAAAUUUAUUGAAAAAAUCUAUGAAACAUCUAGAAGAUGGUAUCAAAGCAUUUGAAGUAGUUCAUGAUGAGGUUAAUUUAGCUCUGUUACAUUCAAACACUGGCAGGUUAAUGCGUCUUUACGCUCACAUGAACGCAGAAAAACAGUCUGAGGAGCAAAUGUACUAUAAAAAAGCUGUUUCUAGUUAUCAAAAAGCUCUCCAAGUUUUAGGUACGAAGAAAACAAGUCCUUCGACAUGGGAUGUCGUUACUUGGGAUCUUUCUACCACACUUUUUUCUAUGGCUACUCUAGUGCAAGAGUAUUCUAGUUCUGAUAAGACGGAUGAUGAAAUGGAAAGAGAAGUUGUAGAAAUUCUCCAAAAGGCAUUAAAGUACUGUGAUCCGGAAAUUGCUGGCUCUAAAAAGCCAGUAUACGAAUUCCGAGCAGCUAUAAUUCAUCAUCGAUUAGGGUCUCUUUAUCAUCGCGUUUACCGUGAAAUGGAUGCUGAUGCUGAUCCUGUAAAGCGUAAAAAUAGUUUGCAAUUGAGUAAACUGUAUUAUGAGAAAGCUGCUAAUCUCUUAUCAACUCUGGAACAACCUAGAGAGUAUUUAUCUGUUCAAAUGGAGCGUGAAGCACUUUGUGAACAUCAAGCAUGGGUCUCAUCAAAUUAUAAUGCAAAAAUAAAAGCCUAUCAAAGUGCAUUGGAAUACAUGUUACAAUGUGAAUCGAUACUUAAAGAACUUAUUGAAAAAUUUAAAGAAAUAAAGCAAGAGAAAGAAACGAGAGAAAUAAAUAAAUCAACAGAUAAUACCAAUAAUAUAACAGAAGAAAAUUCAUCAGAUAAAGAUAAUAUUGAUGAAGAAGAUAAACUAAAUGAAGAUGAAGAAAAACUUAUUCAAUUAUUGGAACAGAGACUUCAAAAUGUUUUGAAAUCUUUAACUAAGUUAUGUCUGGGCAAACACAACACUGCUAACAGUAAAAAAGAGAUUGAAAAUAUGACCAAUGUCUACAAAUUAUGCUACAGUAAAACAUUGAGACAAGAUCAGAAGUCUGGAAUGGAUUUAUUAUAUCAUAUGUAUGAAGUUUUGAAAGAUAUUAGUCCAAGAAUUCGUGAUAUACAAGAAGUAAAUUAGUGUUUAAUUAUUUAUUUUUAAAUAAUAUAAUUUAUUCAAGAUAAAAUAUUAUAAAUUUUGUUUCCGUACUGUAAAUAGAUCGUAAAAAUUUAUACUUAAUUCAAAAAUAGUUAUGAAACAUAUUUCUCAUAGGCUUUUUUAUUGCUAGCUACUAUACAUUGAUGGAAGUGAAAAAAAAUAACCAGGCAGAUUUAUUUUUAACUAAACUGUAUUUACAAUUUUUA